GUCGCGGCGUGAGGGGGGGGAGCGGGCGCUGCGCCCUCUGACCCAUUGCCCGCGUGCGACCCCGGGCGGCUGAGGGGACGGGACCGCGUGGUUCGUGCGCUCCUUCGCUCUGGGUCGGAGGGAAAGCGCUUCGUGGUGACGAUCUAUGGGAUGUGGGCGGGGAGUAUCGCUCACCUGAUGCACGGAUAGGACUGAGGAACGGAGAGGCCGCGGCGGUAGAUGUCACGGUGCGUUAACGCGGGGCUUCUGGCUCUCGGGGAACUGGUGAUUCUAAAGACAGCCUGCUUAUCAUGGCUCAUGUUACCACUUACAUGGGCUUUACUAUUCCUCACCUACUGAGAAGUGCCUGCAGACUUUGUCCUGCUCAUUCUGCGCUGGUGGUGUUGAGGCACUCUGCUUCUUGUUACUGUACAGUGAAAGGCACGGCACAAUCAAAAAGGAAAAUGGAUCACCUUGAGAGAACAGCAAAUAAUUUUCGCCAGGAGGUUAUUUCACAAGCCAAAGUGUGUGGAAUCACCAGUGAAUCAGAGACCGUUAAGAGACUACGUUUGGCCAUCACAAAUAAAGAUUUUACUUUCAAAGCAGGACAGUGGGUUGAUUUCUUUAUUCCUGGAGUAUCUGUGAUUGGGGGAUUCUCCAUGUGUUCAAGCCCCGGUCUGUUGGAGCGAGAAGGAGUGUUAGAGCUUGCAGUGAAGUACACUGAUCAUCCUCCUGCUCGCUGGAUUCACACUGAGUGUACUCUUGACUCAGAAGUGGCUCUGCGAGUGGGAGGUGAUUUCUUCUUUGAUCCUCAGCCUGGUGACACUCCUGUAAAGCUAGUGCUAAUAGCAGGGGGUGUUGGAAUUAACCCCUUGUUUUCUAUACUGCUGCAUGUAGCAGAUCUUCAUGGAUACCAAGAGAGUAAAGGAAACGGAUACAAAAUGGGAACAGUGAAGUUGUACUACAGUGCAAAAAAUACAAAUGAACUCUUAUUUAAGAAAAAUAUUCUUGGUUUGAUGAGUGCACUUCCUGGAAAGAUCUCAUGUCGUUUCCACGUUACCCAGCAGAAUUCACCCAUCUGCGAAGAACUUCAGCCCCAUGUCACAGAGGGAAGAAUAUCUGAAAAGGAUCUAGAAAAACAUGUAUCCAAGGAUACUUUGUGGUACAUUUGUGGUCCACCUCCAAUGAUUGAAUCCAUUUCCCAACUGCUGUACAACUCCGGUGUUCAUAGGAACUGUGUUUUCUUUGAGAAAUGGUGGUAAUGAACAGAAAAUAAACUGAUCUUGGUGAAUUCUGAUGAGAUAAAAUGUACAGAAGAUGGACUUGAAUUACUUCAAAGAUUUUAUUAAACUGUCCUCAAUCACGACAAUGUUUCUUUAAUUUAAUGGUAAUACAACUGUAACACAGUGCUGCUGCUUUUGAAAAGACAAGAGGUUUUUAUAUUAAAGCUGUCAACUGUU